GUCGUACUGUUUCGACGUUACACCAACAUGUCCACGCUAGUCUGACAGUUGUAGCUAAAUGACCGCUGGGAUGGAAAUGUGUCAUUCGUGAAUAUAAAACUUCAAUGCCGCAGUAUACGUAGCACCGCAUUCAAAUAGAGGGUUCGGGGACUUUAAUCAAACAAUGGCUCGCGUUGUGAGAGGGUUUCGGACUCUGCGGAAUCACUGGAAGAAGUCCACAUUUGCUGUGUGCGUCCUGUCUUACGGGGGAUACUGGCUGUAUGGUAAACACUGUGACAACGUUUUGCGGAGGGAGGCUUGUCUAGUGGCCAGGGAAUUUGGACGUCAACAAAUAGCACCACAGGAGCGGCUGAGGAAAGCAACAGUGAUCUUGAACCCUGCAGCUUGUAGUGGGAAAGCCAACAACCUGUUUGAAAAGAAUGCUGUACCUAUUUUACACCUGGCUGGUGUGGAAAUUACAAUAGUAAAGACAGAUUAUGAGGGCCAGGCAAAAAAACUAACGGAGCUCAUGGAACAGACAGACAUGCUGAUCGUGGCCGGAGGGGAUGGCACUUUGCAGGAAGUCGUCACAGGUUUACUGCGAAGGCCAGAUCAAGACACAGUCUGUAACACACCGAUUGGAUUCAUUCCACUGGGCUCUCACAACUCCCUGAGUCCAAGUCUUCACCUCCUCAGUGACAACAAGGUCAAAGACAUUACAUCAGCAACACUGUCCAUCUUGAAAGGAGAAACUGUACCUCUGGAUGUGCUACAAAUCAAAGGGGAAAAGGAGCAGCCAGUAUUUGCUCUGAUGGGACUACGUUGGGGUGCUUUUAGAGACGUGGCUGCAACAAUUAGCAAAUAUUGGUACCUUGGACCACUGAAGACAAAAGCAGCACAUUGGUUUAGUACUCUACGGGAGUGGCCCCUGGCCCGGGACGUCUCAGUGUCCUACCUGGAUCCCAGCCUCCGGCCCCCUGACCUGCCAUCUCAGAAGCCCCCCAGACCCAGCCUGCUCCACCGCAUCAUCCGCAGGCUGAAAAACCGCUGGAACCCUCCUGUCGAAGAGCCUCCAAAAGUGGAAGAACCAGAGCAGUGGAAGGAGGAGCAGCUGUCGACGUUGGAGCUGUUUAUUCAAACGCACAACAAGAACCCAGUCGAGAGGCGCAUAAAUGACUCCCUGAUGAUCUGUGCGGAACCGGACAACUUGACGGUGGGCGAGUACAUCACAGUCGGAAAUAAAAAAGAAGAGGACCCCACUGUGUUCACUAAGGACUCCACAAAACUGGAAGCCAGUGCUUGCCGGCUGCAGCUGCCAGAGGUCACCGCUGGCUUCUACAACAUCGACAACGAGGAGUAUGAAGCCAUGCCUGUAGAGAUAAAGCUGCUGCCAAGAAAACUACGCUUCUUCAUCAGUGCAGAACGCAGAGAGCAACUCCUCUUACAGGUGCAGUGAUGAAACAACAUGUAACCAGAAAGAAAACAAGAUCAGAAAGACAAAAACGGAUUCCAAGAGAUUCACAAAAGAAAAGAACCAGCUGCCAUGAGUCUCUGAGGUCAUUUUGAAAACGGAUGUCUUCAUUGCCAGCAGUUUUAAAUGCUCAUGAAGUACUAAUGGAAUGUUUUGCUACAUGUAAACAUUGAUAGAAUAUUCAGUUUAUUAUAGUACAUGCUGUUGUAUAUUAAAGGACCAAGGCUUUGUUUCUUUAAGCCAGUAACCCAUGUACAGGUUGUCUUACAAACUGGCUUUAUGUUUACUGAAUGGUUUACUGUUGCCAUCACAUUUGAACUUGGUCAAUAAAAAUUAUGAAUGUCAAGUGUU